UCGUCUGGGCUGCGUGAGGACAGCUGUAACAGUCUUCGACCUCAAGUUUACUGUACGAAGAAAACGGUGCUCCCGCACAUCCGAGCCGGAGAUCUGGAUGCGUGAAAAGAUUAAUGAAUUGUGGAUUAAUUCGAUUUUACCUUGGCCACUGGAGACAAAGGAAAAAUAUACUCCACCUCUGAAAAAGACAGCAGUGUUAAAAAAAGAUUUUAAUCUGUAUGAACAUAGGCUGUUGUUGGCGAUGUCGCGGGUAACGGAUUCUUUACCGAAAAAUCGCCAAGAACGAGUUAAAGACAUUAAUAUGCGGAACAAAGAGAAGGAACGGAUGAAGGAACGGGAAAAGGAGGCCAGAGAGAGAGAGGCGAGGUACAGCAAUGGCCAUCUGUUCACCUCGCUCACUGUGUCAGGCACCACCCUCUGCUCUGCCUGUGGAAAAAGCAUCACCGCCAAGGAGGCCCUCGGUUGCCCCACUUGCAGUGUUACCAUCCACAAUCGCUGUCGGGAUACUCUACCUAACUGUGCGAAGAUGAAGCAGAGGCAGCAGAAACUGAGCCUUGGGAGGAACAGCUCAGCCCUGCAGAACGUCACCAUGAGGACCAAGACCCCAGGGUUAAAGGAGAGGCCCAGCUCAGCCAUCUACCCAGCAGACAGCUUGCGCCAGUCCCUGCUGGGCUCCCGUCGUGGCCGCCCUGCCCUCUGUCUCUCCAAGAGCGUCUCCACCAAUAAUAUCACAGGGAACCUCAAUGAGGACUCCAGCCUGGGGUUACGCAAGAUUAUCUCCCAGUCUACAGAGUCACUUAACUUUCGCAGUAGAGCCAUGUCCAUGGAGUCUCUCAACGAUGAAGGGGAAAUGUACUACACCUCCAUGCUGGAGGAGCUGCAGCUGGAGGGCCGGGACUUCGAGGCAGACUCAUGGAGCAGGGCAGUGGACUCCUCGUAUCUGCAGACACAACGGAAAGAUGUCAUCAAGAGGCAGGACGUCAUCUAUGAGCUGAUCCAGACAGAGCUGCACCACGUGCGCACACUGCGUAUCAUGGAGGGUGUGUUCCGGCGUGGCAUGUUGGAGGAGAUGCAGCUGGAGCCGGGGGUAGUGCAUGCCAUCUUCCCCUGCCUGGACCGGCUGCUGGGCCUGCACACACGCUUUCUCGGUCAGCUGCUGCAACGCCGCAGCCAGAGCCUGGCGCCUGGCAGCACUAGCAACUUCAUCAUCCAACAGCUAGGGGACCUGCUUGUGGAGCAGUUUUCGGGCCCAUUUGCAGAUGAGAUGAGGAAGGCCUAUGCUGAAUUCUGCAGCCGGCACCUGAAGGCUGCCAAGCUGUACAAGGAGCUGCUGGCGAGGGACAAGAAGUUUCAGCACUUCAUACGGAGGGUGAGUCGGGGCCAGCUGCUACGUCGCCAUGGUGUGCAGGAGUGCAUUCUGCUGGUCACCCAACGCAUUACCAAGUAUCCUGUCCUGGUCCAGCGCAUCUUAGAUAACAGCAGUGGUAGCCAGCAGGAGGCCUCUGCUCUCAACCAAGCGCUAACGCUGAUCCGGGAGUUGCUGACUUCUGUGGACCAGCAGGUGCUGGAGCUGGAGCACAGCCAGCGGCUGCAGGAGAUCCAGGCCCGGAUGGACCCGCGGGCGGAGGCCCAGGUGCGGGGUGGAGGGUUGUUCCGCGUGGCCGAGCUGAUGAGGCGGCAGCUCAUACACGAGGGAACGCUGCUGUGGAAAACCGGAGGAUCCCGUCUGAAAGAUGUCCAGGUCUUACUGAUGACAGAUAUCCUGGUAUUCCUGCAGGAAAAAGACCAGAAGUUCAUUUUCCCCUCCCUGGACAAGCCACCCAUCCUGGCCCUGAGGAACCUUAUUGUGAGGGACAUCGCCAACCAGGAACGUGGCAUGUUCCUCAUCAGUGAUGCCGCCCCGCCAGAGAUGUAUGAGCUGCAUGCAUCUUCCCGGGACGACCGGAACACUUGGAUGAGGCUCAUUCAGCAGGCUGUUAGCAGCUGCCCAUCCAGGGAGGUUUUCCCACUGAUUGAGACAGAGAACAAGGCCCGACUACGAAGACUCCGAGCUGAUAUCCAGCAGAAAGACCGGGAGCUGCUAGAGCUUCUGCAGGAGAGGGUGACCCUGUUCUCAGAGCUGGCAGAGGUGACAGGGGUCACCCUGCCUUCCAGUUCCCAAAAUCUCUUCAGAGCAGACAGUCCCCAGGCCCCAUGUGGGGAGAAGCUUUUGAUGGAGGCCAUUGCAGAGGUGGACAACUUGAGUGAACUACUGAUGGGCUCCAUUGCUGAUGGUGUCCAGCCACCUUGUUGUCCCAACAGUGACCUGAACCACAAGGGGCAACUAGUGAUCAAUGGACAGAUGUUGUCCAUUAAUGGAACACUUGACAGCCCAUCGCAUAAGGACAGAAAUGGGAAUCAGCUAGAGGACAGGGCCUUGAAAGAGGAGGUGUGUCGUAGACUGGUGAACCUCAGUGCCCAGCUGCAUGCUCUACAGGGAGCAGUGAUACGCCAGGACUCCGUGGUGGAACUUUGCCUUCAGGAGGGCACAGUCUCUCCACUUGUCCUGGCUCCAAGCACAAGCACAGACAAGGGACUGACCCAACUGCAGCCAGUGCAGCAGCAGCACGGCGUCUCACAAGCAGUUCAGGUCCCUCCGCAUGGCCAAGGAAGCAACAUUAAGCUCCUACCUGUUUGUCCAUCACAAGAAGGCCCCGGUGUGGCAGCAGAGCCAUUGGAAAAAGGAGAUGGCAAUGCCCCCACCCAGCCUGGCAGCCCAAGGGAUCUACAGGAUAUCCCAGAGGAAGGCGAGAGUGGCCCAGAAGUACGGGAACCCCAGGCCGACACAGGCCCCUCCUGUAGAUAACCACAUCUCUGCCGGGAUCCAGAACCUGCAACUGGAGCUGAACCCGGAACUCAGUACCAAACCCACUGGACCUGAAUGCCUUCACCCAAAUUUCAGUCUGUACCUCAAAUGUUGCAUGUGCAGUAAUCACCAGCCUCCAUUUAUGCGCUUUUGACAUACGGUACAAGUCAUAAUUGAUCAUGCUAUAUGAUGUGACAUUUGCCUUUGUCUGCAUUUCGUCACUUUCUGUCUGUUUCUCAUUCUUUAAAAAGAUGCAUAUUAUCUAACAAUGUUUCAGCAUUUAAUGCAUUUAAAAUGUAUUAGUCCACGUCUUCUUAAUUUCAUUUUCCUGUCCAUUCUUGAAAAAGGCUACUAUUUACUGUUUUACUUUUUGAAGGGAGAUAAUGGAGAAAGAUAAAAGAACUGAUUUACGAUUCUACAAGAUCCUUGGUGUCGAUAAAAAAUAAAAGCCAUGAGUCUUUUUAGAAAUAAAAUAUGAAGGAAGCAUCUGUGUCCCUCUAUGGCCUUACAUGGCUAACAAAGAAUUAAUUAGCUGCACUAACGACAGUAAAAUGCACAACAUGCAUUCUGCUAAUAGUAUUAGUCAAAAUCAAAAAAGCAAAAGGUUAAUGAAAUCACUUUUGUUAUUAUAAGGAAAAAAAACACAAGCAGAGUGAACUACUAAUUCAAAGAGCUGCUGCCACAGUUUGACAUACUUUUUUAACGGUAAACUAAAAUAAAAAGCACCCAAUAUAGACUGGGGAUCUAAACCAGGUAGCAGUGCAGAGUAUGAGGUUAAGCAAAGAUUAACUUUAAAGGGCUCUGAUCACUUCUUCAGAGUCAAUAAGAACAUUUGUAUUGUAUAAGUGGAUUUAUGUUAUUUGUUAUAUAUUAUACGUAAACUGUGUAUCUGUGUAUAAAUAUAUUAGCAUUAUUUUGAAAAUUGAGUAAAUUCUUGUACUUAGAAUUUUACACUACUUAGAUCAGUUUUCUGUGUUUGGCCGUCAUGCAUGUUUGUAUACAAAUUUAAAUGUAAAAGCUGGUAGACUUGAUUGAUGGCACCUGGGCAUUUUAUGCAUGACCUCACAGCACCAGUACAGUGCAGCAUUACAUUUAAAAUGCUUUUUUAAUUGUACUUUAUACUAUUUACAGUACAAUGUGCAGUACCAGCACUGAUAGCACCAGCACUACACAGAUCAAACUAUUUUAAUAAUCUGGCUCAUUCAGAGUAUUUCAUACCUCAUGACACUUUAAUAUUGUGGGAUUUACUGACUUUGACUUAAAUGUCUGAAUUAUUAAACAGCCUGUCUAGGUAGACAUUGAAACUAAUGUAGAGUUAAUGCUAGUGUUUCUGUUAGAAUUCACAGUGAAAUGAUUGCAAGGUCAUUGUGUAUGUAACAGAAACACUGGUUGUGAAAAAGUCUAUGUAGCACAGGAGGAACCUGCUAUCUGCUGUCGUAAUGAGCAGCCAAUUCAGGAUAUCUUUGACUGUUUCUUUCAGCUGGUUGUUUUUAAGCGAUGAUUUGUAUCUAUGUUUGUAAAUAUAUCCGCUGUACUUGCUUUAAUGCAAAGAGCAGAAGAACAUUCAAUUGCUAAGCAAUCAGCCAGUAUUGAGUAUGAACUGCUCUGAUCACCAGGACUCUAGAAUCACUACUGGUCAGUGUGAGAAGGGUUCAACUUUUGUAAGUUUCUGUUUUUGAAUAUUUGUCAGUUUUAUACCUGCAGUGCGCACUGUGUAUUUCAAUUUAACAAAACCAGUCUUGCUGACCUAAGAAAACUGUAACUGUUCUGUUUUCUGGCUAAAAAAAAUUGUUUUUGUGCCCUAAUGCUGUACUUUGAGAGUGUCCCUCUGUGUAUGAAUUGAAGCAUUUUAGUUCAGCUUUCUAGUUUGCUAGUGUUGGUUUGUUUUAGCAAGCUGGACUUGUCAUGCAUUUCUCAGGCCCUCAGGAGCCUGUGUAGCUGGUAAUAAAACUGUUCUUAGAAUGA